AUGCUUACGAAAAGUUAUGAUUUAUUUAUUGGUAUUGGAAUUGGUGCUGUGUCUGUCAUAAUUCUCAUUCUUAUUGCGACGAUUAUCUUCUGUAAAUGUUGCGUUCCAUCAUCGAGUCAUCGAUAUUUCAGCCGAUCGACUCGACAUUAUGCUGCCAUAAACAAUAUUGAUGCUAAAACAUAUUUCAAACCGCCACAACAUCUCAUCUACGCACCCAUUGUUCAUCGUAUUCCGCAACCACCUGUUAUAACACAGGAUGCAUCUUCAACACAGUCGGCUCGAACAUCAGUCGCAUCCGGCGGUCGUCUAUCAAUCCUAUCAGAGAAACUAUCUCGACUAUCGAUCAGUUCAAAUCAGUCGGGUCGCCCAUCCGUUGCUUCUGACAGUGUACUUCUACAUAAGAAAGGUGAAGGUGGUCGAUUGUCUCAUUCUUAUGACGACACAGAUACGCAAGCUAUCACAGCUCAUUAUUCGAGUCGACGCAGUUCGAAAGCACCACGACUAUCAACUGCAGGUGUCGUUGAUCAACGAAUGAUCGAACUUGCUUGUCAAGCGAAUACAGCUAAUGGGAAGAAUGUUCGACUCGAAUUAUUUCCACGAACAACCGAUGUUAUUGAACAAUCAAUAUCAUCUGUUGAGCCAGCGUCAAUCAAUUCAAUUACAGCGGCAAAUACAAUCGUUGACGAACUAGCACAACAGCAAGGAACAUCAUUAAGACGACAGUUAACCAAAGCUGAUUCAAUACAAAGUUCCACAAUGAAUCCAUCUCAUUCUCCAAGUCGUUCGCCAUCAUCGUGUAAAUAUAAAAUGUUAAGCAAACAAUCAAGUAGUAUAACCCGAGCUUCGAUGCCACCGUCAGAGCAAAGUCUGCUGUCACCACCAAUUUCCCUCCAAUCAACUUCUCGUCUUAUGAAACACAAAAGUUUACGUGGCGCUUUGGGUGCAAUUAUGCCUAAUCUUUACUUUGUGGACACGGCAUGCUCUGGAAAUAGUACUUGCAAGAGUUUAAAUGCCACUUCUGCAUUGGCUGCUUUUACCGAUCGAACCAAUGAAGAUCUGUCGAUAGUCGAAGAAGAUCUACAUCGAUUACACAUUAGGAUUCAAUUUGAUGAUCAUCGAAAUGAUCUUCUCGUUAAUAUUAUUGAAGCACAAUAUUUGCCGUUUGAUGAUGCCGAAUUUGUUAAUCCCUAUGUGAAACUCUAUCUACGUCCGCCGGUUGAUCAAAAACUUCGUCAAACAUCUGUGCAACCUCAGACGAUCAAUCCAAUUUGGAACGAAUAUUUCAAAUUCGGCGUCGCAAAUGAAACUGUCUUUAAAACAAACAAAACGCUCUUCUUCUAUAUUUAUAAUUACGCACACUCAAGUCGACCGGAAUGCAUUGGAGAAGCACAAGUGCGUCUAACACCCCAAACCAUUCAUGGUUGUGACCUCUGGUGUACCAUAAAUAAACAACGAGCGGAAGAUGAGUAUCUUGGGGAAUUACUCGUUUCAUUAACGUAUUUGGCGCAAGCUGAACGACUCAAUGUUGGAAUUAUCGAAGCACGAAAUCUCAAAGCGCUUUCAAUGCAUAUUGAAGCAGAUCCAGUUGUUCGUCUGACACUUCAACUAGGUCAAACAGAUAAAGUUAAACGAAAGAAAACCAGUGUCAAACGAAAUACUUUAAAUCCGAAAUGGAAUGAAGAAAUCUCAUUCAAUGUUCCCGGCAUCUCCUUAAAUGAAUCAUGUCUUGAAAUCGGUGUUUAUCACCACGAUCUCAUCGCUCCCGAUGAACCAUUAGGGUUCUUACGUUUUGAAAAUACAACACCUAUCGGCAGUGCAAAUAUUGCACAACAUAGUGAAAUCAUACAUUGGUGUGAAGUUAUUAAUGGUGGACAACGAGCUGCCUGUUGGCAUCUAUUGCGAAAAGCUGCUCGAGUUGUACCGCUAUCACCAUCGUCGAGUACUCGUAAAAAUUCAACGCAAACACGGCAUUCGACGAGCGUUGUCAAAUAA